AUGGCUCAGCGAAUCACUCAGCUCGCCUCCCACCUUGACCCUCGCUCGUGGUCGGGCAAGGGCCUCCACGCCCACCAGGCCAAGAACGACUCGGACGUCGUCAUUGUCGCUGCUGGCCGUACACCUUUCACCAAGGCCUACAAGGGUUCUAUGAAGGACUCCAAGUUUGACCUUCUCUGCUACGAGUUCUUCAAGUCCCUCCUUGCUUCCUCCGCCGUCGACCCGAAGCUCAUCCAGGAUGUCGUCGUCGGUAACGUCCACAACGACGAGGCUCCUUACUACGUCCGAGCAGCCGCUCUUGCUGCUGGCAUCCCCAACACCACUCCUGCUAUCGUUGUCAACCGAUUCUGCUCUUCCGGUCUCAUGGCCAUCCGUGCCAUUGCCAACGGUAUUCAGGCUGGCGAGAUCGAGUGCGGUCUCGCAUGCGGUAUUGAGCACAUGUCCACCCAGCCCAAGCGACCCACCGUCAUUUCUGAAGAGCUCAGCAAGUUGAGCCAAGAGGCUGACGACUGCAAGAUGCCCAUGGGUUGGACUUCCGAGAAUGUGGCAAAGGACUUCAACAUCCCGCGUGCCAAGAUGGACGAGUUCGCUGCUCGAUCCCACCAGCGUGCAGUUCAAGCGCAAUCUCAGGGCAAGUUCGACGCUGAGAUCUUCCCCAUCUCCGUCCCCACUGUCUCUAAGGAUGGUGCUCGUCAAAACGCCAUCAUCUCCGCCGACGAGGGUCCUCGUCCCGGUACCACCGCCGAAUCGCUCGGCAAGAUCAAGUCCGCUUUCCCCCAGUGGGCUCCCAGCAACACUACCGGCGGUAACGCUUCCCAGAUCACCGACGGCGCUGCAGGUGUCAUCUUGAUGCGUCGUUCACUCGCCAACAAGCUCGGCCUCAAGGUUCUCGGCAAGUACGUCUCGUGCGCCGUCACCGGUCUCGAGCCCCGCAUCAUGGGUGUCGGACCCAGCAGUGCUAUCCCCGCGGUCCUUGAACAGACCGGUGUCAAGCAGGAGGAGGUUGAUCUUUUCGAGAUCAAUGAGGCAUUCGCUAGCAUGUACGUCUACUGUGUCGAGAAGCUCGGUUUGGACCCAGAGAAGGUCAACGUCAACGGUGGUGCUUGUGCCCUUGGUCACCCAUUGGGUGCUACCGGUGCCAGGUUGGUAGUCACAGCAUUGAAGGAGUUGGAGAGGAGGAAUCAGAAGGUCGCUGUCGUUUCCAUGUGCAUUGGUCUCGGAAUGGGGGCUGCCGGUUUGAUUCUCAGGGAGGAUUGA